AUGACUGUCGAAAGCUUGUCACCACCUAAAGAUGACCCUCGCGAAGUAAUCGUCGAUGAUUCGGUGACAAAUCUCUGGACUAAACUUACCGCGUCAACUUUCGAAAUCGGAUUGCUUGUCGGCCAAAUAAGCCUUUCGAAUGCUGGAGAUUUUGUGUUAGCUGCGGUGCCAGUUCCGUCAGAAAGUGAAGGUGGCGAGCCUCCAAAUAGUCUUGGCGACGUGUCGGUUGAUUGGGUCCAAGAAAUUGCACAGCACGUAAAUUGUCUGCUUCCCGGAGGCAUCAGGGUGGUAGGGAUCUAUGUGGUUUCUGUCUUGGACAUUUCAAAGCAAGCGGUGCAAUAUCUCCGCGCUAUAGCGGAAGCAGUUGCAUUGUCUUUCAAUAUUCCUGCUUGUGACAACGUCCACUACUUGGCACACGUGUCUCUAGAUGACAAUUUUUGUAUCCAUAGCGUCUACAGCGUGGAAGACGUCCAGAAAACACAGUUGAAACCGGCAAAACUAAAAAAAUCGCCCGGACAUUUGAGAUUUGAACAAUAUCGAACGCUGGUCGAAGUCGACGAGCCAAUAUCAUUUACCUCAAAUGCAUCAAGGACUGCAAUAAAAGUACCCAACAAUCGUAUUGACGAGGUAGAAGAACAAUUAGAAAUACUCUUUCGUCGAGUCGCGGAUUCUAUUGCCGUGCACAAAUUGACUGAUGAUGCGAAUAUACAUUACAUGAAUUUGCUGACACUGAAAUCAUCGAAUCCUCAAAAAGACCUCAAGAAUCCACUUGGCAGCAUUCGUGGUACUGUUAGCUGUGUCGCGUUCGUAUUACAAAGCGAGUCCAAGCCAAGUGAAGUGGCAGCAGUCUACUUAAAGCGAGACUUUGUGAAGUCGCUGUCUAUGCGUGUUGCCUUAGCUCGUGAAAGCUUAAACGAGGAUGAUGAUGCUGGGAGGAUCUCCAUUUUUGAGAAAGGUGGAGUCAUUCGACUUGCUCAGCGUGGCCUAGUUCCAUGGCCUUUGAAGCCGUAUUUUAUGGCGACGGUCCACGUAUUGUCUGAUGAAAAUGCCGCAAAGGCGACAGAAAACGCGCUUGAGAUUCUCGGUGGUGUCCGAAAUGGCGAUGCCCGAAAUGGCGAUGCUUGUGCUUGGGUCGCACUAGAAACCUCUGGUCAGCUUCGCUCUUCCCAAGAUUUGACACUCAGCAAGAACUCAGAACAAUCUAAUUUCGUUUACUUCAUGCUGCCACUAAUUCUCGUGCUGCUGCUUAUCGCAUAUCAACAUUUAGCUUGA